AUGAGUAGUAGUAGAAGUGGAAGUGGUCUCAGUGGUGGUGGUGGUGGUGGUGGUGGUAGUGGUGGCGGUGGCGUUAGCGUUGGUCUCAGCAGUGGCAGUGGCAGCAGUAGUAGCAGUGCGGCUGCCAUCAACGCCGCAGCCACCUUGCAUUGUCUCACCUCAGUGGGCAGCAGCAGUCAUAGUAACGGUGGUGGCGGCGGCAGUAUUAAUGGCAGUGGCAGUAGUAGUGGUGGCGGUAUUGGUAUUGGCGGUGGCAGCGGUAGUAGCAGUCUAAUUGGUGGUGCUGGUGUUGGCGGCAGCGAUGGCUUACAUACAAGUUUGGGUCUCACAGCUAUGGGCAUGUCGACGGGUUGUGGCGGCAAUGGCGGUGGCCUGAGUGCAUUCGGCAGUGGCGCUGGUAGUCUCGCCGCCUUCGGUGGCAGUGGUGGCGGUGGCAGUAGCAGCAGCUCAAGUGGCAGCGCCACAAAUCAUCAUCACCAUCAUCAUCAUCCCCAUCACAAUGGAAGCUUAAUUGGUGGCAUUGGUAGUGGUGGCAACAAUAAUUUGAAUCUAGCAACAGCGACACUGACGGCCGCCCCCACACAUGGCGUUGGCGCGAGCGGUGGAUUCGGCAGUUUGGGCGGCAUCAGUGUGGGCGUGGGCGUUGGUGUGGGUGUUGGCAUGGGCAUGGGCAUGGGUGGUGGUAAUAUCAACUCCCUUGUUGUUGGUAAUCGAUUAAUGAAUACAGGCUUGCCGACGAUAUUGAAAUGA